CAGGCGCGAGGGUCUGGCGCGCGCAGGCGCGAGAAGGGCACAGCCGGAUCUGGUCUAAGGGUGUCCGAGCUGCAGCGGCUGAAGAAGACUGGCGGAACUGCUCGAAUAUCCACAUCUCAGCUCCUGUGCCUGUCAAGAGUUUUAAUUCAUCAUGGAUAACAUGUCAUUAGAAGAAAUUCAGCUAAGAGCUAAUCAGGUUACUGAUGAGUCUCUGGAGAGUACAAGGAGAAUUCUGGGUUUAGCCAUUGAGUCUCGGGAUGCAGGAAUCAAGACUAUGACCAUGCUGGAUGAACAAGGGGAACAACUAAACCGUAUAGAAGAAGGCAUGGACCAAAUAAAUAAAGAUAUGAGAGAGGCAGAGAAUACUUUAACAGAACUCAACAAAUGCUGUGGCCUUUGUGUCUGCCCAUGUAAUAGGACAAAGAACUUUGAGUCUGGUAAGGCCUAUAAGGCAACAUGGGGAGAUGGUGGAGACAGCUCUCCUAACAAUGUAGUGUCUAAGCAACCAGGCCGAGUGACAAAUGGUCAGCCUCAGCAAGCAACCCCAGGAGCAGCCAGCGGUGGAUACAUUAAACGUAUAACUAAUGAUGCCAAAGAAGAUGAAAUGGAAGAUAACCUGACUCAAGUGGGCAGUAUCUUAGGAAAUCUAAAAAAUAUGGCUCUGGACAUGGGCAAUGAAAUUGAUGCUCAAAAUCAACAAAUAGCCCGGAUCACAGAAAAGGCUGACACCAACAAAGAUCGUAUUGACAUUGCCAAUGCCAGAGCAAAGAAACUUAUUGACAGCUAAAGCUGCUGCUGUCUUCUUUAUCAUUUAUUCACUUUCCUAGCUGCUCCUUCAGUCAUUACCUUUUCAGAGUUUGAAAUUUUGGUUCUGCACUCUUCUAAUCAGGAGAUAAUGUGGAGGAAGGGAUAGGGGUACAGCCCCUAUUUUUUUUAUGUUCUCUUUUUCCCCUUGAGGGUAGACUGCUGCUCAGCCUUCUUUCUAGUAUUUACUUUCUCAGUUCAUACUCCUAGAUUGGUUUUGAUACAUCAUAUAUGAUGUUUUUCAUCUUCUCAUUUACUUUUUAGUAGGUUCUUUUGCUUUCAAGAUUUGGAAGCAUUGCCAAAGACAGCCAUGAGAAAGGAAGCUAGAGGCAGUGUGAGGGGGCACAAAAAGGAGAGGCAAUAGGUGAGAGGUUGUUACCUCAGUAGAACCUGUAGGCCACAAAGCAAAAGUUGCAUAGCCAUAGUGAAGAUCCAUCAGAGUUUAGUUUCUAAUUUCAGUUGCAGUUAUUGCCAGUUUAGGCUAGUACUUGGUUUUGGAGCUUUUAUACACAUAUUUUGUUAUUAUGUAUUGUAUCACAACUUUGCAACCUCUGCUCCAAAAGAGUUUUCUUAAAGUGAACUUUAUUUCUGAACUCUUGGUGAUUCAUAUAUGUACAUAGAUUCUAUGAUCCCAUAUCAUUGCACCAUACAAGAACACUUUGUAUAACUGAAUAGCUUUUUAUUUUCAUAUUAGUAGUAUCAUGGUCCCAUUACAGACCUAUUAACCUCAUAAAUUUGUCAUUUGCCUUUGAGGAAAAAGUAUGUAAAUAUGUAUGUGUUAACAUGAGAAUUUCUAAAGCAGGGUUUAAAAUUUUUUGGAAAAGUUUCACAAACUAUAUCACAUGAAUUUAGAUUUACCUCAAAGCCAAGAAUUAGGUUUAGAUAGAAAAAAAGAAUCUUUGUUUUGAUCUCAGGUAGAAAAUUAGUUAGAUUGCUUUGCAUUUUAUGUAGCUUUAGACAUUAAAAAAGCUAGAAAUUAUUCUAUUUAAAAAUGACUUGGAAAAUUACACCGUUGGUUUAAUUAUUCAUAAUUGCACUAUCAUUCUCUCAGCGUUUUAUAUAGAACUGUGUCUACAAUUCUGUUUAUUUUCGUAACAGUGUUAUAAGAAUCUGAUGAAUAUUUGUCACAUUUAUUUAAGAACUAGUAUCUGUAUACUUCAAAGCUAUUAAUGUGGAUUGGUUUGACCAAUAACCACUGCUUGGUCCUUACAAUUAAAUUUUAUAACCAAC